AGUGAAGCAAUUCAAAAGCAAAAUUGAGCAUAAGAAGAGUUCAGUCAGUUAGGAAGCUUCUAGAUGGUACGCAUACAUGUGAAGCACGCCAAUGGCGAGUUUCUCUUCGACUCUGAAACUACUUCAACAAUUGAUGAAAUCGGUAAACACAUUAUCGAAAUCGCUAAUCUCCAAUCGAAAAUUCAGUUCCUCGCCGUCAAAUUCCAGCCUCAUUUCUCCAAGCUUCAAAACGAUCCUAAAGGACCAGGUUAUACAUAACAAGCCUCUGUCACUUUAUGUACUAAGAGAUCACACAAGAAGCAUUGAGAAGGAAUUCUUGAUAACAUAUUCAGUAAUGGGAUUACCAAGUUCCGAUUUACAGCAGUUCUUGUCAGACUUGCAGCUCCUUGAAGAAAAUACAGUGCAACUUCUAUGGGCAGGAAAAGAGCUCACCAGAGGGAAAAAGUUGUGUGACUUUAUAGGAAGAAAUGAGAAGACAAAGGUACAUAAUUUUUUUCUCCACCUCACAAGGAUAUAUCAGUACACUAAGGGGUCGUUUGGUAUGAAGGAUAAACAUAAAUAG